AUGAUGACUGAAAUUAAAACACGUCCCAAUCUGCCUAAUUUGGUGGCUGAUGUGCCCAAUUUGGCGAAUGGAAUCAUUGCUGAUCCUAAUACUAAGACGACCUACAGGAUUGGGAAGUUUUUAGGAAAGGGUGGAUUUGCUAGAGUGCACGAAGUGACAAACUUACAUAAUAACGUAACAUAUGCUGCCAAAAUCAUUCCUAAAUCUAAGAUGACUAGAAAAUAUCAUAUAGCUAAGGUUGCCAGAGAAAUCAUGCUUCACAAGGAUCUCAUUCAUGACAAUGUCGUGAAAUUAGAAUUAUUUUUCGAAGACGUAAUAAACGCUUAUAUAAUAUUAGAAAACUGUCCGAAUCAGAGUUUAGUGCACCUGAUGAAAAAGAAAUCUUGUUUUUCAAUACCUGAGACGAGGUACUAUGUUAAACAGUUGAUAGCCGGCACCAAAUACAUUCACAGCAAUAAUAUCAUACAUAGGGAUUUAAACCGGGAAAUAUGUUUUAUCAGAGUUUUGUGCGGAACUCCUAAUUAUAUUGCUCCAGAAGUUUUGAACAAAUCCUCACAGUCGUUUCCGAUUGACGUCUGGGCAAUAGGUUGUACAAUUUAUUGUUUAAUGUUCGGAAUACCCCCAUACGAAUCUGCAACCUUGGAAUUGACGUACGAAAGAAUCAAAUCUAAUAGCUGGGAUAAAUCUAAAGUUGCAUAUCAUCCUGCUCUUCUUGAUCUCUUAGAUAGAGUUUUAGUUUUAGAUCCAAACGAAAGACUGACUUUAGAUGAAAUAGAAAAACAUAUCUUUUUCGAUGCUGUGUAA